AUGGCGUAUUCAUCCACAGAUCUACCUUUGGAGAAGUCCAACCGCUCUGGUGUUGAUGAUUUCAGAGUUCAAGCGUCACUCACAGCCUUUGACAUUCCACUUUCAAAUGAGAGCACUCGAAAUAUAGAGGAAGGAACCGCUGGCCUAGAAAAUACAGAAAGCAAUAUUCCAAGAGCAGAUGGAGGUAGAGAUGCUUGGCUAUUUUUGGCGGCAUGUUUUGUUUUCGAGGCAUUGAUCUGGGGUUUUCCUUUUGCUUUCGGAGUUUUCCAGACGUACUACUCCACUCAUCCGCCUUUUGAUAAGCAUGCAAACGCUAUAGCUAUUACCGGAACUUGUGCUACUGGAAUCACUAGUUUCGCCACGCAGAUCUGGCAUCUCAUUAUCACACAGGGAGUUUUGUAUGCUAUUGGAGGUAGUCUUUCAUACUCUCCAACAAUGUUUUAUCUCGAUCAAUGGUUUGUUAGGCGAAAGGGUCUUGCGCUUGGCGUUAUGUGGUCAGGUGCUUCGCUUUCCUUCUCUCCCAUUCUCGGCACCGCACUAAUCGCACUCCUGAAUUCAUUUUCCGUAAUUGGCGCUAUCUCGCUAGGCCAUCUCUCAGACAUCAGACAUAUAACCACUGUCGUACUUCUCUCGUCUACCUUCUCAGCCCUAUCUGUAUUCCUGUUAUGGGGUAUAUCCACUUCCCUCCCAUCUCUAGUUAUGUUUACUAUUAUUUAUGGAAUCUUUGCUGGAGGUUGGAGUGCCAUCUGGGCAGGUAUGAUAAGAGAAGUCCAACGCGCAGAUGAGAAUGCCGGGUUUGGUGUAUUGAUGGGGUUAUUUAGUGCAGGUAGAGGCGUUGGAAGUGUGGUAUGUGGACCAGUUACCGAAUGCCUCAUUCGAUAUGGAGGUUUGAAAGGUGUGGGAGGUGGUUAUGCGACUGACUAUGGGGCGGUAAUCGUUUUUACGGGAGUGAGUGCUGCUUGUGGAUUGAUCGGGCUGGGAGCGAGGUUUUGGAAGAAGGAAAAAGUUUGA